AUGGCGGUGCAGGAUUCCAACAAGGAUGACAACAUGAGCAGCGGAGGCAGCGACUCCGAGUCUCCGGCCAACGGCGCGCUUCCAUCCAUCGGCUCUGCGCUCCACGCCUCAGGGAAGUUGCGCCCUGAGCAUAUCACCGGUACUGAUCAUAAGGUGCAGUCGCUGCUGCUUCUAUCUGAAGGUGUCGUCGCAUCUAUGCGGACGCUGCAGAUACGUCCUGGCUGCUGCCACCAGCUGGGUGCCGAUUGCGAGGAGGAGUCCGUAGGCCUGGUGGGCUUUGAGAGCCUCUCCGUGCUGGACUGGGGCCAGGGCCUGGCCAACGGGGAGCCAGUUGGCCGCGUUUUCGAGGACACCCUGUACGGCAGUGACAGCAGAGACGCCAACCUGCUGUGCUUCGCGGGCUCCUCCGCUCUCACUGCCGUCAGGUGGUUGCUGCAUUUGGGCGCCAACCCCGAAGCCACCGACGGGAACGGCACCAGCAUCCUACACGCAGCAUGUCGCUCAGGCUCUUUGGCCUUGGUGAAGGAGUUCAUGAAGCAGACCGCGUUGCUGAACAAGCCCGAUGUCGCUGGCUGGACGGCUUUGCACAUUGCCGCCCACAUGGGGCGCCGGGCCGUGGUCGCGCGGCUCCUGCAGGCCCGGGCCGAGCCGCUGCUCGCGAACUCCCGGGGGCUCAAGCCGGCGGAUCUCUGCAAGGACACCAUUACCUACCAGGCCAUCAUGCGGGUCAUGUCCUCUGAGGCGAACCCUCGCUUGUUUGCAGGCGCGGCUGUGAGCCCCUUGGAAGGACUUGAGGAGGAUGUGAAUCCUGAGGAGGGCUUCGAUGAUCUUGUGGGUCUUCCGCAGCAAUGUGAGCCGGAGCUCUUCUUUGUGAAUCCCAGGCCGGUCUUUUUCCAGACGUCGGCGCACAGGAAGGCUUUGCUGACGCUGGCGGCGAUGGUAUUCAACCUCCAGCCCAGCCACGGGCUGGCCAUCAUGGUGCUGACGGGCCUGGAGGAGAGCUAUACCGCCGCCAUGAAAGUGCUGCUGAAGCAAGGCAACGUGAGUCGUGCCAUGGCGGGAAGCUUCUUGGGCGAGCCGCUGUCAGUUUGUCCGCUGAUCCGCUUCAGUUUCUUCGACUCACUGCCGCUCCUGAACACGGGAGUGGUUGCCUGCUUGAGGACGGUCUUCGUCUCGCUGGGCAUCCCGCAGGAGCUGCAGAAGCUCGAUCGGAUUCUUUGGGCAGUCGCCAGCGUGUGGUGGCGCAAGCACAAAGCGCUGAGAGAGAGUGGACGUGCGCCCAUCAAGCGCCCCAAGUCUGGCACCGAGCUCGCAGGGCUGGAUCUUCUGCAAUACCUCUCCAACCAAGAGGUCCUCUAUCAGCUCUUCCUGUCCACAGUCCUGCUGCACCGCCGAAUCUGGGGCGGCAGCGAUGUGGUCUCAGGGCCAAUGGACCUUCAGGAUUGGGUGGAGCUGAACCGAGGGAUGGAGCGCCAGGGGGAAGACGAUGUGCCGCAGCACGUGCAAAGCAAAAUCUAUACAGAUAUCACGACUGCGCGCGUGCCAGAGCUCUCCACAUGGCAGCGAAGCAUGGUGAUCCUGCCGGUGUCAGACAUCCCAGAAGAGGCGCUCCCAGGACGAGACGCGAAAGGCGCCAGGAAAACAGGCCGUUUCGUGUCUUUCGGGGAUUUGGUGUGA